AUGAAGGCAGCAGUGAUCUCGCCGGCGCUCUCGGUCUGGUGGAAGGUGGGCGCGCUCUCAGGCGCCAGCGCCGUGCUGCUCGGAGCCUUCGGAGCUCACGGGCUCAAGAACCGCAUCACGGACCCGCAUCUGCUCAAGAACUGGGAGACUGCAGCUCACUACCAGCUGAUCCAUUCGGUGGUGCUGCUGGCCACGCCAAUGUGCCGACGUCCGGGUCUGGCGGGCGGGCUGAUCACCACGGGGACGAUGCUCUUCUCGGGCUCGCUCUACGUGAUGACGCUCACGGGGGAGAAGAAGCUCGGCAUGCUCACGCCUGUCGGUGGCAUUGCGAUCGUUGCCGGGUGGCUUGCGUUGAUUCUGUAG